AUGGCCUCGUUGAAAGAAUCCCUGGCUGGCCCAGGAUAUGUGAUUCUCAAUGCCAUUCGUGUGAUAAACAUCAUUGUGUUUCUGGACAUUAUCGCUGCUAGUGUGGUCGUGCUGGUCAAGAUCUCCCUUUUAACGAACUUUUUCUUUUUUGAGGCUGUGUCUCACGUUGCCACUGCAGGAGUCAGUAUAUUUCUCAUCAUUUCCGAGCUUCCUGUUUUCCGUGGCUAUUUUGAUCGGAACUGGCCACUACUGGGACAAGACUCUGGAUUCAUCACAUUGGCGAUAGCAAUGCUUAUACUAGGUGUUGGAGUCUUGGGAGACCUGAAUACAGAGGCCACAAGCCAGGAGUCUCUUGGAAUGGCAUUUUGGCGCAUUGUGCUCUCUGCUGGUAUCUUAGCUAUGAUCAUGAGCGUUGUUAAUGCAAUCUCAAGCUUUAUUUUUGCCGACAGCGAUCUUGGUGUCAGUGCACGACAUGUGCGGGUCUAUGGAGCAGUGGCGCCCCAGAAAGUGAUGACGCGAAGUGGGAGUACUGGCAGCCAACGCUCAUUCCAACUCGGUAUGAAGAGGGAAGAGACUCUGCCGACAUAUAGCCCACAAAACUCUAUUAGAAGACAGAUGUCUAUGCGGCAGAAUACGCGAUUUCCUCUGAAAAUUUCUACACCCGUCAAUCCGAUCAAUCUCAAUGAUGCAGCGUCAUCGAAAUACUCGAGGGACUCCGCAGGGAUGACCAUUCCCGACCUUGCCCAUCACCCGGCAAUGCACAUCAAAUCGGUCUUCAUCUUCUUCGCGCCCAUCAUCAUUCCUCGGGCAAUCAACUACUAUCGCAGCUUUCGAGUCGCCUUAGCCACACGUCCCCCGCCGCGGGCUAUCCCACAAGAUGCCAGCCGAGCACUAAACGUCCUCUUCUGCGUCAUCACCCUCUUCUUCUGCCUCAGCCUCCCCUUCAACCCGCACGCGCCCUCCCAGAGCAUCUUCACCCUCACCCACUCGCGCAUCAGCACCUCCACAGACAUCAUCUUCUCCCGGCUGGCCCGUCUUCGUCCAGACGAAAUCCUCACAGCCGCAGACACUCUCCUCAAAUCCAAACUUACCUCCGUCGGCGCCCGCAAAGUCUACCUCCGCUUCGGCCCCGACACCCUCACACAAUGCGCCUUCUGCUCUCUCGAUAACCUCCACACCUUCGCCCUCUUCCACCUCCCCUUCCACGUCUUCCUCCCUCACCUCUUCCACCUCGCCAUCAUCGGUCUCACCACCGCCGCCCCCUUCGCCGGCCCAGACGCUAGCAAAUGGCGCAAAUCCUUCUCUAUUGUGGCCAUCGGCCUCGCCCUGCUCGACGUCUACAUCGUCAUGUCCUACGAUCCCAUGCAGUAUGCGUCCGCGGCCGUGCGGGCCGGCGUUGCCGUUCCCUCGAGCUCAUAUUACCAGAUUGGACUGUUGCGCCCUCUUAUAUUCGCGAUCUUUGAUGGCGUCUGCGCCCUCCUGAUCUACCUCUCCGCUACACAUCGGUUCUUCUUCGCUCCGCCCUCUCAAGCCGAGCAGGUCGACCAGUGUGUUUCGGCGUCAUUGAAUGCGCUCUCUGGCACGACGUCCAAGUUGCAUGCUGUUAGUGUUGCGCGGAAUGCGGUAGUCAGGGAUAAGGUUCUCAAGGAUCGGGAUGACGCGUACUGGCGCACAGUGGUGGCGAUGAACGUGGAUAAUCCAGCUUUGAAGGAGAUGAUUACUGCUGGAGAGGGGGGUGAUGGGAGUGGGACGGCGGCCCCGACCUCUAUCUGGGAAGAGGAGGAAGUCGUUCGUGCUAUGUCUCGGGCGAUGGCUGGACAGGGGGGUGUGGAUCUGGCUCGGUUGGGUGUUGAAGCGUCGGGGUAUGUUAAUGGUGUUACUGCUGGCUUGGAGGGGAAUUGA